AUGCUCAAGUGUGCUGGCAUGCGGUCCCCGAGGCUCUCGGGCCUGGGGAAUCAGGACUUGUUCCAAGUCCCGCCCGGGCCAAAGGAGCAGGUGUGGGAACGGGAAUUUAGCAUUGUUUUUGACGGGCGCAAGCCCACCGGGUUGGGCUUUACGCCAGUCAAGGAUGCCACGGGUUACACUUGUGGCAUCGGCAACGUCGUGCCGAGCAAGGAACGCGACAACCUUGCCGCCGAUCACAACGAACAUUGCUACCUGAGCUGCGACCUGUCGCGCGUCAUCACCCCGGGCCUGCGCAUUCGCGCCAUCAACGAUGUGGACUCCAAAAACAAGGCAUUCGAUGUCGUCGUGGCAAAGAUUAAAACGAUGCAACGACCGAUCUUGCUCACGUUUGCCGAUGUUACGUCGGCCAACUUCGCGGAUCCGGUGACGCCCGCCCCCGACUCGUCGCAACACGCAGCACUUGGGGAGGAAGUAAUCAUGCUCCGCGCGCAGCUCCACGAUGCGAUUCUGGCGAGAGAUGAGGCGCUGGCGGAAGCAGCCAAGUUCCAGGAGUGGAACCAAGCACUCUUGACGACGAACGGCGCGAUGAGUGACCAAAACUCGGCUGCCGCGGACGAGGUCCGGUGCGAGCGCAGCGCUGCCGAGGCAAAGCAAGCACUUGCGGUCCAGUUGCAGGGCGACCGCGACCGCGCUCUCGCGACAGUCCAUCUCUUAAAGCUGGAAAACAAGAGUCUCCACGACCGCGUCGACCAACUGCACCAACGUCUGGAAGAUACGCUCGCAGCCAAGCGCGAGACAUCCGAGCGACUGGAGGCGCUCGAGCGCCAGCGAAACGACGAGCUGCGCUUGUUUGCAUCGUUGCAACGCGAGAUCCACGUCGAAGAAGACGAGACGAAUGAGCUGGACAAGCUCAUGCAGGCCUCGACUCCUGGCGGCAUCGAGAAAGACACCCACGAAGCCACGAUGAACAAACUACGAGAACAGCGCGCGGCCCACGCAACGCAAAAGGCGUCCCUCGAAGCUGCUCUGAACGAGCACAUGGCACGAGCGGCGGCAGAUCGCGAACGCAUUGACAAGCUCGAGCAGGACAAGGAGGCCCUUGAGCGAUCCAUCCUGGAACCGGUCCACCCCCGCUACGAUCCGACUCAGUCGACACUGGUCGCAUCCCACACAAGUCACGACGCUUCAUCGACGGCGACCCCCGCAGCGACUGUGCAACUCCUCCAUGCCGAGCUUGGCUGUGCACAUGAAAAAGUCGUCCACGCCAAGGCGGAGACCCGGUCGGAACACGCGAAAUGGACGGCGGAGAAGGUCCUGCUCCUCGCGAGGAUUCAAGCUGCCGAACACCACAGUACAUCAUUGGAAGCGGAGCUGAAGGCGGCGACAGCUGCGACGGCCGCGGCGGCCGCGGCAAACGUCGCGAGCCAAGAACACGAAGCCACCAUCGUCAGGGACUUUAUCCAUCGCAUGUCGACAAAAGGCUUUCGCAUGCACAAGCAUGGCCGCCGGGGGUUUACGCACGACCGGUACCUGUACACGGACGCGGACGGCCACUGGCUGAGCUGGACCAAAGUCACGGCCGCGCGGCACCCUGAGGCAUUUCGCCACCCGAGCAAGAAGAUCGUGGUCGACGUCAAGGACAUCGUGGAGGUCCUGCCUGGUAAGCAGACCCAGGUGUUUGCCCGGCUCAACAGCGUCCAGACACCGCCCGACCGGUGCUUCUCCCUCGUCUGUGCCAAGCCAUGUCGAACCAUCGAUAUCGAAACCGACACGCCCGAGCAAACCCAGAGGCUCAUGCAGGGCUUCCGAUUACUCAUUCGGCGCCGCGCCGCGCUGGCAGCAACGCCCGUAGCCCCGUUGCAUUGA